CUCACUCACUCUGUGGAAACCCGUUGUCUUCCAAAACACACUCUAUCCAAGAGUAGGAUUAACCCUUAGAAGUGUGCCCAAAUAUCCAAAUAAGCCCUUUGAAUUUUGGUUUCAUCUGACGUGUGUCCCACGCACAACACUAAGGUAAAGGAUCAUUCAGUUUAACAUUAAGAUAGCACUAUGGACCCUGACGUCUUCGAGAUUCCUCCCCCAAUUCACCACCCUUCAAAGUUUUAUCUCAACAACAAGGUCUUUUUGCAUGACGUGAUUGACAUUGACAAUGAUGAUGAUGAUUCUGACGAUGUAAUGAUAAUUGGUGAAAAAGUUAAUAAUAGUAACAAAGGGAAGACAAUUGAUGCUGUUCAUGGUGAUCUCCAAGUUGUGAAUAUGUCUGAUUAUCCUUUUCCAGUGCCUGAUGCGGCAAAAUUUGGAUCAGUUGGUGGGAUUGCGUCUUCUAAUAAUCCCCCUUCAGUGUCAAAUAAUGUAAUCAGUGUUGAUGGUCAUGGCUCUGAUCUAUCAUAUGAUGAUGAUGACUACGUUGGUAUUUUGUCGGCGGAAGACUAUAUGGAUGCAGAUGAUUAUACAUUAUUACAGAAACAUUUUGAUCAUGUGGAUAUACCUCCUGGAAUUGAAGCACCGUUUACUUGGUUGCCACUAGGAUAUGAUUUAGGUUUUAAGAAGACUGAAAAUAGUAUGUUUUCUCCUUGGGAUCAUAUGCAAUCAAAUGCUGCAUUAAGUUCCAUGACAUCCUCUUCCCAGCCUUCUAUGUCAUUAGAUCCAUUUAACUCUAAAAUUCAAGCAGCUUUAAUGGGUGGUACUGACACUCAAAUAAAAAUGGAGGAUGUUGCUUACUCCUCUGGAACUUCUCAAUUUUUUUCUCAAUCUGGCCCUUCUAAGAAGAAAUCAGCUACUUCAAAACCCAGAGGACGUACUUCAAAUGCUUCAGUUGGAGUAGAAUCAUCUAAGUCUCACUGGUUGUCAGGGUCUUUCCAUAGCAAAAAGAAGUCUUCUUCGGCAUACCUUAGUUUAUUUGACUCAAUGGUGGCUGAUAAGCAGCCACAUGCUGGUCAGCCAUCAAAUGGGGGGAAAUUUAAAACUGCUAUGAUGGCAGAUGGAAGUAGUGUUUCCUCCCAUUCAAAUUUCAUUGGACAACAUGGAACUGCUAUGAUGGCAGAUGGCAGUAGUGUUUCCUCCCAUUCAAAUUUCAUUGGACAACAUGGAUCAUCGCAUACUUUGGGAACAGAUCCAGGAAAAUCUUGGUGGAAUAUUUCUCAAAAUUAUAAAUCAUUUUCUACUCCUCAAAAAAAUGUUUCUAAUAAUAUUUAUUAUCCAUUUGAUCCUUUUGUUACCCAAACUGAGCAUGGUUUUAAUAACUCGGUUCCCAAUUUUGCUGGAGAUGGAUUUAAUGGAAAAGCAGUGGAUAGCCCUAUUGUUACAAUUUCAGAUGAAGCCAAAGAUGAAAUUAUGAGGAAAUUUCGAAGUUUUAAACAAUUUGACACUGUUGAGGACACUUCAGAUCAUUACUUCGUCCGUAACAGUUCUUCAACGAAACAGCCUCCCAAGAAUUGGGCUAAAAAAAUCCAGGACGAGUGGAAGAUUUUGCAGAAGGAUUUGCCAGAUUCAAUAUUUGUCAGAGUGCACGAGUCAAACAUGGAUCUUCUGAGGGCUGUGAUUAUUGGAGCUGAAGGGACUCCAUAUCAUGAUGGCCUAUUCUUUUUUGAUGUUUUCUUUCCCAGUGGCUAUCCCAAUGUACCACCGCAAGUGCAUUACCACUCUGGAGGUCUAAGGCUCAACCCAAAUUUGUAUCAUUGUGGCAAAGUAUGCCUUAGUCUGCUGAACACCUGGAGUGGCAGCAAAAAUGAGAAGUGGCUUCCGGGCACUUCAACGAUUCUACAGGUUCUGGUCUCCAUUCAGGGUCUAAUUCUGAAUACAAAGCCUUACUUUAAUGAACCUGGAUAUGAACGCAUGAGUGGUUCAGCUAGUGGUGAAAAGAUGUCCUUUCAGUAUAAUGAGGACACAUUCAUUCUAUCAUUGAGGACAAUGAUGUAUAUGAUUCGAAGGCCUCCAAAGAAUUUUGAGGAUUUUGUCAAGGGGCAUUUCUGCAGCAGAGCUAGUGAUAUUCUGGUGGCAUGUAAGGCAUACAUGGAAGGUGCUCAAGUUGGGUGUUUGGUGAAAGGAGGAGUUCAGGACGUUGAUGAGGGAGACAGAAGCUGCUCACAGAACUUCAAGCAGUCUUUAGCUGGAUAUAUGAACAUGCUUGUCAAAGAGUUUGCUCAAACUGGAGCAAAGGACAUUGAGAAAUUCCUUACUCUACCACCACCACCACCACCAACAGUACCAGUGAAAAAGCCAUCAGGAGGGGUGUUGCUUAAGGCUGCAACCUGAACUGAACAUUCUCUUGGAUAAACCAAAUUUUGAGGAUUCAUUGAUACACACCCCGAAACUUCUUAGCACUUCUAUAUCACCUAAUGACACUUUUCUGUUUGAUGUUAAAUACUUUUACUAUUGUUAUCUGCUCUUGUUUUCAUGAACAUAGAACAAUCUCUGCUCAUAAUUGUAUAUAAUUGCAAAUAAAAAUAUAAUGCCAUGCUAGUAUGACAUAAUAA